AUGAAUGACACUAAUAAUACUUCAUUCAAUAAAAUAUUAUUAUUUUCAGGAACAUGGAAUUUUCUUCUCCAUGGUACAUCUGUUUAUGACCGUAAAACCUAUCUACCAGAUCGAUGUACUAAAAGCAGUGAUGGGGUUGACUUAUGUGGGAAUUCACCAGAUAUUCAAUAUGUGGAUGAAUUUCGGUCAAAAUAUCCUGUUACGAAAUAUAAUGGUUCGAGACCCGGGGCAUUUUUUCCUUGGCCAAGAAAUAUGGCAGGUGAAAGAGUAGUGGAGUAUAAUCGAAGUUUACCUUUGAAUAAUAUGAUUGGGAUUGAAAUGGAACGUCGUCCAUCGACAAAUCUUCCAGGAGAAAUUAAAAUGGCAUUUGGUCGAGCUGCUCCUGGCUAUUAUGCUCAAAAAUAUCCAAACAAAGAGACAUGGUUUAAUUCAAAUGUAUUGCACAAUCGUGUGUCAAUACCCAGAUUUGGUUCACCUUCUCGUACUCAGGAAGAUUAUAGAGUUUGUAAUACAAGACUAAAACAAUAUUUAACUGGAUUGAAUGAAGUAACAGAGUAUCAAGAUAAGUAUUUAGCGCAUACACCGUCUAUCAAGUAA